AGGGUCGGUUGUUUUUGGACAUAAACGGUUCCAGGACAACGGAUCAAGAUGGCGGUCACUCGGAUAACGCAUUGGGUGGAUAUUACGGUCAUAUGUUUAUAUUUUGCUUUUGUGGCUGCUGUUGGCAUCAUGUCGAUGUGCAGAAAGAACAGGGAGAGUGUUAAAGGAUAUUUUCUGGCGGGUCGUAAUAUGAUUUGGCUUCCGAUAGGUGCUUCCAUGUUUGCCAGUAAUAUAGGAAGCGAACAUUUUAUAGGAUUGGCAGGAAGUGGUGCUGCUUCAGGAAUAGCUGUUGUUGCCUUUGAAUGGGGUGCUGUGAUACUGCUGCUGCUACUAGGCUGGGUGUUUCUACCAAUAUAUCUUACGUCAGGGGUAUAUACAAUGCCAGAGUACCUUGGUAGAAGAUUUGGAGGAAAUCGAAUGAGAACUUAUCUAAGUUUAAUAGCCCUACUUCUGUAUAUAUUAACUAAGAUCUCGGUAGAUAUAUAUGCUGGAGCUGUAUUUAUACAACAAGCAAUAGGGUUAAAUCUCUAUCUCUCUGUUAUACCACUAUUAAUAAUUACUGCUCUAUAUACCAUAGCGGGUGGUUUAGCUGCUGUAGUGUUCACUGAUACACUACAGACCGUUGUUAUGUUAGUUGGUGCCAUUAUAUUAGCUGUUAUUGCUUUUGUGGAUGUAGGUGGCUUACCUGGACUUUAUUAUAAAUAUAUGGAGGCUAUACCGGAAAUUAUCAAAAAUGGAACGCUUAAUACAACUUGUGGUCUCCCUCGUGAAGAUGCCUUCCAUAUUUUACGUGAUCCCAUCCACUCUGAUCUACCCUGGCCGGGAGUCAUCAUCAGGUCGACAAUAGCAUCACUCUGGAACUGGUGUGCUGACCAAGUUAUUGUUCAAAGAGCCCUUGCUUCCAAAAAUAUGGCGCAUGCCAAAGGGGCGACAAUUCUUACUGGCUACUUGAAGUUUAUACCAUUGUUUAUUAUUAUUAUGCCUGGUAUGAUCAGCCGUGUUUUAUUUACAGAGCAGGUGGCCUGUGCUGAUGCUGCUACAUGUUUAGAAGUUUGUGGGAAUGCAGCUGGAUGCUCUAAUGUAGCCUACCCAACUCUAGUAUUAGGUCUUGCUCCUAUUGGAAUGCGGGGUCUACUAAUGGCUGUGAUGAUAGCAGCUUUAAUGAGUUCUUUAACGUCUAUAUUUAACAGUGCUGCUACUAUAUUUACUAUGGAUAUAUGGAGACGUGUCAAACCCCAAGCAUCAGAAAAACAGCUUCUUGUUGCUGGCAGAAUAUCGGUGAUUGUAUUGGUGGCAGUGAGUCUUUGUUGGAUUCCUCUAAUUCUCAGUUAUGAAGGUGGUCAACUGUUUAUCUACAUCCAGGCCAUAACAGGAUACAUAGCGCCACCUAUCUGCGCUAUUUUUAUUCUCGCCAUUUUUGUUCCGAGAACAAAUGAAGCCGGUGCUUUUUGGGGUGUUGUAUGUGGACAAAUAGCCGGAAUAACUCGACUUAUUCUAGACUUUACCUACCCCGCUCCCGGUUGUGGCAAAGAGGACACACGACCGCUUAUUGUAUCUAAAGUUCACUUCACUUAUUUCUCAGGAAUUAUAAUCAUUAUUACAACAGUGGUUACAUUAAUUGUUAGUUACUGUACGGAAGCACAGCCACAAGACCAGAUAAAAGGAUUAACAUUUUGGAGUGUAAGAAAAAUGGCAGAAGAGGAAGACAGAAAUGCAAGGAAUGGUCAAAGUAAAGAAUCACAUCUUUUAAAAGAAAAUAGAUCUAUUGAACGACCGAAGGAUGAUGAUGCAGAUCCCGAGAGUACUGAAGAUGCACCACCGGCGAAUUUAGCUCCCUUCUCUCAGAGGAUAGAAAAACCAUGGAAUAUUGUAUUAGAUAUAAAUGCUGUUAUAUUGUUGUUAGUUUUCAUCAUGCUGUAUGGUUUCUUUGCUUAGAUUUUAUAUUUCCUUCCGUUUAUCUUUCUCUUUUGUAAAAUCCGACAAAAAUAUACGAAACGAAAGUGUAAUAUAUUGUUAAUUAGAUUAAAUGAACCAAAUUUUCAUAAAAAAAGAAAUUUAUAAUUUUUAUAUAGUUUAGUCUCUAUUAGUUAAUAUAUGUUUACAGUUCAAAAUGAAUCGCCAUUAUGGAGCAACAUACGAAGUGCUCGUUUUGCACUGAGGUCAUGCACAGGCCCAUUAUAUUGCUCUUUUUGGCAAAAAUAUUACAAUUCUGUCAAAUUUCAGUUAAAGGUAUCAACAUAAUAAGAACCCUGUUUAUAUUAAUUUGAACCCUUACAGCUACAGUUGAAAAAUAAAGUUCCGUGAUGUAGACAUUUUGAUUUCUUAUAGUUUGGUCUCUAUUAGGCCAUAUUAUAUUCACAAGCCAUUAUGAAACAACAUUACGAAGUGCUCGUUUUGCACGGAGUCUUGCACAUGCCAUUAUAUCUCUCUUUUAGCCAAAAACAUUACAAUUCUGUCGAAUUUUCUGUUAAAAGUUUCAGUAUUUAUCCUCGUACAAUGAGAUCUCUGUUGAUAUUAAAUUGAACCCUUAGAGCUACGGUUAAAGUACAUAUUAAACAGUUUAUUAGUAACAAACGGGACAUAAAGUUUUAAUCCAAAUAUACAUGUAGAUGUAAAUGGAAGACAACAAUAUAAAUAAGUACCUAUACCUUUCCAAAGGGGUCCAAUCUGUUCCGGAUUGCCGCUCGUGUUACAGUUGCCGGUAAUAGGAUAGGAUAUGCUUUAAAAUGUCCAACUUAUAUUUAGUAAUGGAUAAAGCGGGACUGUACCCUCGCAGAUUGACUACAACACUUUAUUCGUGUGGCCUUAAUGAUGUGUGAUCCAAUCAACAUGAUUAAAUGUGUUCUUGUAUAAUAAAUAUGUUAAGACCUAUGAUUAUUAUGUUUGCCUGUAUAAUCAAACCUGUGUCCCUGUAUAACUAUGGAACACGUGUCUUUAUAAACCCUGUUUGCCUGUAUAACUAUGAAACACGUGUCUUUAUAAACCUUGUUUGUAUAACUAUGCAACAUAAACCCUAUUUGAAUGUAUAACUAUGCAACACGUGUCUUCCUAAACCCCGGUUUCAAAAUAUCUGGGUUCUAUCUCAGUAUGUGAUCUUGUACCUGU